AUGACCAAGCUCCUACAUUACAUGGUAAGUUUGUUUUAAACGUUUGUGACUUUUCUGUCCAAGUUCUGCUAGUUUAUCGAAAUCUAAAGCUGAUUGAGCACAGGUGCGAAUUUCAGAGGUUCAGGGGGCUGAAAAAAGUACCUUUUUUGCGUUUGCCUCGUCUUUCACUCGGGCCACCUGGUGUUUAAAAUAAUUUCUGGAUAUGUUUCAGGCAUAUAUUUUUGUCUGGGGAAAAAAAACGACAAUUGACGUAUCUUGAGAUGCAACAUGCACACAGAGUAGAUGUAUUGUAGCUGUAGGCCUAUAGUAGGCCAGUACAAUUGAGAAAUAAUAGGGUGUGGACUUGAUUCCCAUCUCUGUAUGAUAGUCCCUGCAACCUGGCCAGGUAUUGACUGUGUGGACACAGAUCAGCUGACGUGAAUUAUGAAGGUGGUUUAGCCAGUUUGUCGAUUUCCUCAAUUAAUGAAUCAGAAAUCAGGAAUCUGUGGCUAUCAAGGGAAUCGGCUCUGUAUAAUAAAGUAAUUGUGUUGUAAUAUUAUAUCAAUAACUUCGUAAUACUUUACUGCUGCCACAAAUAAAAAGUAGAUACUAUUGAAAACCUCUGUUCUUAUAGGGCACAUGUUUUUGAUAUUUUAGAUAUACAUACACAUUAAAUUAAAAAAAGGAAGAAGGCAUUAAUCAUGAUUUGAUUAAAAAUUUUGAAUUUUGACCAAUUAUAAGGGUUUUGUUGUUGUUUGUUUGCUUUUUGCCUUUUUUUUAAAUUUUGUAUUAAGUCAGAGUAAUGCACCACUUCCUAUAAGGCCUACAUACUUUCACUUUCUUUUCUUUUUUUUUCAAGCAUUACACAUGUUUUAAAGUAUUUAUAAUGAGUUGGUAUUGAUCGAGUUUUUGCAUGUCUGUCUUCCUACAAAUAAUUUUUCAAUUCAUAUCUCUGCCAUUUCUUUUUCUAUACUGAUCCAUUCGACAACCCCUUUUAUCAAAAUCUCCACAAGGUAUGUGUAAUGUGUAAUAUUGUUAAAAAUUGUGGAAGUACCAUUAGUUAUACGGUUUCUGCUUGACUCAGUGUAUUUGCUAUUAUUAAUUUAAAUCUGGUCUCACUUUAUUUUCUUAAAUGCCUUAAUCACUUUGAUAAAGUUUCUCAAAAAUAAGAGAUGUCGUUCUGAGUCAAUACAAAGGCAAUAAAAAUGCUUAAAAAAGGCUUUUAUUUUCCUCGCUUGCCAGCCCAAAAAUGGAAAUAAAAAAAAUGUGAAAUGACUAAUCAUUUUAAUAAUAGCUAAUAAUUUCCUUACAGUCAAGAAACCAUUCAUUUCAGGAAUUCUUUUUUCUUCUUUCUUUCAAAGGUUUUGAUGGUAUUGAUCUGGCCUUCCAAACUUACGGGGGCCUUCCAGCUGUUUGGGUUUGACUCAAGAGUCAGGAGGGCACAGCAGGAUCAAUGCAAAGACCAGGAGUACCUGAAUGGGGGCAUCUGCUGUUUGAACUGUCCAGCUGGUAAGCCCCAUGGAGACACACCUGAUAUGUUCUGUUCUGAGAUUGGCUUAUGAGUAAUGGAGCAGGCCCAGCUUGGUUUUGGUGGUGAAUUAUUCAUCUAUAUAAGAAGUUCUCACUCAGGUUAUACAAUUUUGUCUAUGUGUGUAUGCCUGUUUGUUUGUUAGGUUACCAUUUGAUAUCUCCAUGCACCAAAGAAGGACAGAGGGGGCAGUGUGAGGAAUGUCAGGAUGGGACAUACACUGAGCACCCAAACGGACUGAAGCAGUGCUUCAAGUGCACUCAGUGUCCCACAGGUUAUUCAGAUUGACAACUUUAGACAAUCUUGUGAAAGGUUAAGGUUACGACUCGACAGGAUUUCGUCUUAUUGCUUUCAUAGAUCAACAAAUCAAGAAGCCAUGCACCCAUACUCAAGACACUGAAUGUCAGUGCUUACCAGGAACAUUUUGUGCUCCUGACCAACCAUGUGAAGUGUGCCUCAAGUGUUCAAGGUGAGUCUAUAUAAAGAAAGAUUACAUAUGAUUUGUUGAUUAAAAAUGAGAGUUAGACUCUUUAAUGUGUUGUGUGUCUUUUAAAUUUCUCAUACUUUUCAUGCUAAUAUGGAUCUUUAGGUCUUCAAUACGAUGGGAAUAGACUACAUAUAUCUUAAUCGUAUGCAGUAUCACUCAUUUCAAUUCCUCCUGCUUUUAAUUCUUCCUUUCUUUUUAUGCCAUCUCCCAUACUAGUUGUGGAAAAGGUGAAGAAAUAGUGAGGAACUGCAAUGCAACUGCGAACACACAAUGCAAAAAAAUUCAAUCAAAUCCUGACGUUCCUUCAGGUACACAUCUGAAAGCAAGUGAGUGUCCUUAGAAAAACCUUUUCACCACUUUUUCACCAUAUGAAGCAGUCAUCAGCAGAAAAAUAUCCACAAAUUCCCUUUAUUGUUGGCUAUUCAAGCAUCAUAAUCACCAAACCAUUCGGUAGAAUCAUUUACUUUUAUAUUAAAGAAUCUAAAAUUCAUCAAAGUUGACAUUUUUUUAAAUAAUAAUGAAAAAAUAUCAAACUUAUUCAUGAUUUAAUACACAAGAAGAUGCAACAUAAUAAAGAAGGAAAACUGCGAACUAUGAUUUUUUUUUCUUUCUUUUUUUUUUAGCAAAACUUUCUGUGAUUGUGCAAGUGACGGUACUUGCUGCGGCGUUACUGAUCAUAUUUGUCCUUUGGGUGUGGAGACGUAAAAUAAGAGGUAGGUGAAAAUGACCGAUGGUAAAUAGACAGACUGUAUUUAUGUAACUCUUUGUGUGGUCUUGAGUUGAAGACCACCUGAGGCACUUUUUACAUUGCAAGUCACAUUUUCCCAUUUAUUCCACAUACAUGUACUGAUAGCAAAGGCUGCUAUAUGAAGCACCCAUCAGUGUUAACCAAUGCCAUUUACAUAUAAGAUACCGCUGGAACAGAAAUCAUCAAAAUAGUUUUUUGAUGACUAUGUGUCCUGAGAAGAAGCAUAGUAUGGUUUAGCUAAAGCAUGUCAUUUAGAUUAAACGGGUAAUUUGAUGCACAUGGACUGUGCUGCAUGUUUUUGUUGUGGUAUGGUUUAGUCUUCACUGGAUGGAGUCAUAAGUGAACAUCAUCACAGGUUUUUUUCAGAAUCUCUAAGUAAAAAGGGUAAUUGUAGAGCCAAAAAAACUUGCCUUUUAUUCAUCCUUGAUAUAUUUUUAAGAUAAACUCCAUUUAGUUAUUUCAAAAUUCCUUUCAGUCACUGAAACAAAUUCUCCUUACUUUCUUUCACCAGAUUCUCUGAGAAAUCAGCCUAUUGAUCAGAAAGCUGGAGAGGUAAGUUACCCAUGAUAUUUCACGGGAAUCUAAGAUUAAGACUUAAGAUUCAUUUUAAAAAAACUAAAUAAGAAUCUGCUCAGAUUUUAGCCAUAGAUUUUAUGAAAGUAAAGAAAAGCUCAUGUGGGUAUUUCCACAUGUAAGUGAGAAUUGUGGACAUUUUACUUCAUUGAGAUUUGCAGGGGGUUUUUUUGUUGUUGUUUUUAAAACAUUCAUCUUCCUCCACAGCUCUACAGUGAAAACUGUCUCACUGAAGAAAAGGGGAAGACAGAUACUCAAAAGCCCAGCCGCUCAAAUCUGAUGCUGUCUGGGCAACUGGUGAGAGUCAAAUCCUUAACUGAGGAUGAGCGUGAAGUGUUGUGUGAAAGCCUCAACAGCUCAGCAAAUAACUCCCAACAUAGCCUAACUCGCACGUCCACCCAUGCAAUCCCCUCAUCUGUGUCUCAAACCAGUCCAGUGCUCCAACAGCAACACAAGAUGGUGGGACUGCAGCUAAUUUCUGCUUCAGUCCAUCCAUGCUUCCUUCUUACCUGCUUACUAAGUGUUAGGUUAUGUUUUCUUAUCAGCAGACACCUUCAGCUUUAAAGCUUGUUUCUCUCCUUUUCUUACAAGACUGACUGCUUCAAACCGAACACAGCAGCCUUGUUUUCACUGCAGAUGUGUAGCUUUUCUAUAUGGGGAUGUAAUAAGUGUCACCUUGUGGCAACGUGCAGUUCAACAGGUUUUUUGUCGCGCGUGAUUAAAUGUUGAUACAACAGACUUCGAUAGCCUGCAACUCAUCUCAAGUAACCCAGUUGUUGAAGCCAGAUUUAGAGUCUAGCCUGAUGAAGCAGAAACAUCAGAAUAACAUUUGAGUUUAACUUGCAUAUUUCAAGUUGCUGAGUAUGAGUAUGGACCAGGAGAGGCCUGUUAUCAAUGCACAGUUCAAAAGCCAGCACCCCUGAUGGUAUGGGGAUAAGUGAUUGCUCAGGGUGUGGCUGGUUUACGCAUGUAGGAAGUUAAUUGUGGACAACAUAUACAGGCUUUGAAGUAACAUAUGCCAUUGAGAUAAUUUCUAUUUCAGGGGAGACCUUGCAUAAUACAGCAAGAAGAUGCCAAACUAUAUUCUGCACAGAUAACAACAGCAUGGCUCCAUAGUGAUAAACCCUGGAUGCUAAACUGGCCUGAGUGCAUUCCCAACUUGUCGCCCACUGAAGACAUUUGGUAUUCUUGUGUUUCAUCCCCAACCCUUACCUGAGCCUGUCUGCGGUGGGAGCUGCUGUCUAGGCUUUUUACAAACAGGCCAAGGAGAUCCUGUGUUGUCAUUUUAUAGAGCGUCAGGCUAAACAUUUGGUGCAUCAUAUCCAAAAAAUAUGACAAAGGAGACCCUAAACUCCUGAGCAGGUAUAAUCUGUAUCAGGCAAGAAUGAGACAAUAUUUAAAACUGUAGGAAGUGGUCCCAGAAUUUCCCAGGCAUGUAGUAUUGUUUAAUGUAGAGGUGAUGCAACACAGUAGUAAAACUCCUAUCCCAACUCUUCUAAAAUUAAAUUUACAAUUUUUUUUUUAGGAAGAUAAAGAAUUUCCCAAGCUUGUUCCUGUGAAUGGUAUGUUGUUUUUACCUUUUUCCUUUGUCUAAAUUUUAAAAUUAUUUCAUAUUAAACGCCAUUUCACAUGAAGCUUUGCAACUCACUUGUGCUACGAUAAAUAUUCAACCUUAUUCUUAAAUUCUAUGCUUGUGAACAAUACACCUGAGUGAGCUCAAAGUGCUUUAAUAAAGGUUUAUCUCUGGACAGGUGAGGAGUCCCUAAAGAAAUGCUUUGAGUAUUUUGAAGAAAUGGAUCUUGACUACCACAAGAGAUUCUUCCGCCACAUUGGAAUAGCUGACAAUGUGAUCAAAAGCAAAGAGCACCUUCACUGCGAGGACAAGAUUCAUGAGUUGCUGAAUAUUUGGAUGGAGAAAGAGGGCAGGAAAGGCAGCUUAAAUGACCUGUUAACUGCUUUACUUGCUUUAAAUCAAAGGAGAACCGCUGAGACUAUUAAGGAAAAUGCUAUUCAUCAUGGACAUUACCUCUGUGAGUAUUAA